AUGCCGAUGUGGCCGGACAAGCCCGCCGGCGUAUGGAACACGCGCCGGUGCGUGUAUCGCCUGGAGAGCGACGACUGCCUGAGCUGGUCCGAGCCGGUCAUGGCGUUCGAUGGCCGGCGGCACCGGUCGACAACACUCGACGACGAGGCUCUAUCGGUUCGUCACCUGAUGCUGCGCGACGAGAUGCACCUGGGGCUGCUCAACGUCCUCCACCAGGUGGACAACGUGAUGGACGGCUACCUGCACUACGGCCGUGACGGCCGUCAGUGGCACCGCCUGCACGAGCACCGGCCGCUCAUCCCCCGCGGUCCCGAGCCCUACGACCCGCUCGGCGCCGAGACGCCGUCCACGCCGAUCGAGGUCGGCGACGAGGUCUGGAUCUACUACGGAGGCAAGAACGUCCACAACAGCUGGUGGAUCUCCGGCACACCCGCCGGGCGUGUCUCCACUCGGAUCGUGGAGACCAAGCCGGUCUUCUCGAUGGCGCCCUUUCUGGCGAUCAACGCCUGCUGCCGGCCCGGCGGCUUCGUGGAGGUCGAGGUCACCGACACCGCCGGACAGCCGCUGGACGGCUACGAUCGCGAGGCUAUCUGCAGUGCGGUUCACACCGGGAUAGUCGGUCCGCACCACGUGUGCGGUGGCGGGCGGACGCGUGAACGUCGAGCCGCGCGGCAUCAAGCUGCGCUUCCACCUGCGCGACGCCGACCUGUACGGGUCGCUUCGAGCCCGAGUAGGUGGGGCGCGGUCGAAUUGCCGCCCGCGCGCCGAUCGGACAGACUGCCUGCCCGACGCAGCGAGGAGGCGACCAUGGGAACGAAGCAGAUCGACGCGUUCGCGGCGCAUGCGAAGGACGCGGAGUGGAUCAAGGACGGACUGGACUGCGGCCCUACUUCCGGUACCGGGACCUGGGCAUCAAGGACGCCACGCAGGCCGGGUGAUGGCGCAGGUGAUCAAGGCGGCGGAGCCGUGCAAGGGCCCGAUGGGCUAUCACUCGCACGUCCUGGAUUUCCAGAUGGGCUACAUGGUGAAGGGAUGGGCCCGCAUGUACUUCGAGGGCUUCGGCGAGAUGCGCGUGGAGCGGGCGACACUUGGUACCAGCCUCCCGGCGUCAAGCACGAGCUCCUGGAGUACUCGGACGACUGGGAGGUGAUCGAGAUCACGAUGCCCGCCGAGUUCGAGACCACGGACGAGGUACCCGAGAGCGACAGUACAGCCGGCGUCGCCAAGCAUGGCGUCAUGACCUGA